UGUUGACAUUACGUUUUAAAAUCAUAACUAUUUGUCAACAAAAAUAAAGCUCGCGUUUAUUUUAAGAAAUAAUUUGGUUUAACUAAGAGAAACAUCAUAAAACAUGUCGGGAGAAGUUGUAGUAGACGCGUUACCUUACAUUGACCAGGGUUAUGACGACCCAGGAGUCAGGGAAGCCGCCCUGGCUAUGGUAGAAGAAGAAUGUCGGAGAUACAGACCCACUAAGAACUAUUUAGAAAAUGCUGGUCCUGAACCCAGCACAGCAUUUGAAACUCCAGCUUUGCAGAGAGAAAUGGAGAGAGUGCAGCAACGUCUUCCCAUGGAGCCACUGUCUAUGAAACGUUAUGAGCUGCCUCCACCUCCAGCAGGACGUCUGGGUGAACCAACAGCCUGGGCAGAAUCCGUAGACAACUCCCACGCACAGCUGUCACACCAAGCUAUCAGAGUAUUGAAUCUGGAGCUACAGCUACAGUAUGGGUCAGAAGCAUGGCGGUCCUACCUCAACACAUUGCAGGCACUCGUCACGCGGUCACAGAAUGUGCAUAGCCAGUUAAGGAAACAAAUAGCAUCUGUGAACUGGGAGAGAAAACGAUCACAAACUGCAAGUGGAGCGAGACUGAGAGCAUUGAGAAGGCGAUGGGCGCAGCUUGUGUCAGACAACUACCGGCUUGAACGCGCCAUUAUGCAGCUCGAAAUACAGCUACAGAAGGCUAAAGGAGAAGCACCUGCUGAUGAUGGGGAACCAGCAGACCUGGAAUCUGUCAAGAACCUGCCAGACAAACUUAAUUCUGAAACAGAGAAAGAAGUCCAAAAGAAGAUUGAGGACAUGUUUGCAGAUUAGAUUUAAAAACUAUGACAUUUUGUAAGAAAUGAAUUCUUCAAAAGAUCUACUUUGUAUUCUAAAAAAAUAGGAUAAAUGUGUAAUUUAAGUACAAUAAAAUAAAUUGGUAAUAAUA